GCAGGCAGACAGACAGACAGGCAGACAGUCAGUUAGUUCGGGCGGUGUUGUGAGAUCGUUGGAGAAAGUACAAAACAAGGGUGGUGAGAAAAAAAAAAAAAAAAAAAACUUUACGAAACAAAAAAAAACAAAGAAGAGAAAGUACUAGUAGGAGUUGGUGACGCGAAAGAUUUUUCUUUCUCGUUUUCUAUCGGAGUCACUUUUCCAGUUUUCCUUUCGUCAAGCAAAACCAAUUAUGAAGCUACUACACUGCCUUCUAGCGGCGACAUUAGCAACUACAUGGUGCGCCGCCUUCCCGCAAGAUGUCUCUCUCCCUCCCAUCUUUAGCGACUUCAAAGUGCCGAUGCCAUUCCCUAAUCUGGCCAGUCGUUGGCAAGGUUACCAACGAACAAGUGGUUUUGGAAUAUCGCCGAUCAACGAAUUGAGUUAUUCGCCCCUCAGUGAGUUUGAAUAUCCGCCAGUCAACGGUUUUAACGGAUUCGCUGAACUCCCAGAAACGAACGUCAAAUCCCUGAAUCUUCAAGAGAGAAAAUUCCAGAAUGAAGUCCAUCCUGAACUCAGUCCAGAAUCAUUUAAUGCGCAAAAUACUGAAAGCGCAGUUCAGGUUAAUUCUGAAAAUAUGCUUGGCCCGUUUGAAGCUCCUCAGUAUUCCAGGAUUCCUGAAACCAUUCCAGAUUUUCCCAAUCAUAACUUUAAUAACUUUCCAGUUCCUUAUGCCCCGGAAUAUAUGGAAUUCCUGGGCUCAGGGACACCGCGUUUCCCAUUCUCGUAUAUUCCAGAAUUCCCGGUCCCUGCCCCUCCACCUUCCCCCGCCAUUCCCAACUUCCCCGUUGGAAUUCCAGAGCAUCUUAUCCCAAAGGAGUUUCCAUUGAACAUUAUUGCAGGAUUCCAGGUUCCAAAUACCCACGAAUUCCAGUCUGAUGCCGUGCAGAGAUUCCCUGCUCAUAAAGUUGAUGAAUUCUCUCAAUCAGUGCCAUCAAAUGUACCUACAUUCCCAUUCUGGAAUUUCCCCGGAUUCCAAAAUGUUCCAAUUGUCCAUGCAAGUGCUUUUGGACUCUCAUUCCCAGAGAACCCGGAAUUUGCAGUUCCUAAUGUUCCAGGUUUCACACCUCCGAAAGAAUCUGGAUUCCCAUUUGCAUAUGCUCCUGGAAUCAACAGCAUGAAUAUUCCUGAAGUAUCAGCUCCACGCAUUCCUGAAUUCUUGGUUCCAAAUGUCCCUAACUUCGAAACUCCAAAUAGUCCUGAAAUCAUGACUCCAGCUGUUCCUAACUUCGCUGUUCCAAAUGCCCCCGAUUUUAAUGGUCCAGCUGUUCCUAACUUCGCUGUUCCAAAUGCCCCCGAUUUUAAUGGUCCAGCUGUUCCUAACUUCGCUGUUCCAAAUGCCCUCGAUUUUAAUGGUCCAGCUGUUCCUAACUUCGCUGUUCCAAAUGCCCCCGAUUUUAAUGGUCCAGCUGUUCCUAACUUCGCUGUUCCAAAUGCCCCCGAUUUUAAUGGUCCAGCUGUUCCUAACUUCGCUGUUCCAAAUGCCCCCGAUUUUAAUGGUCCAGCUGUUCCUAACUUCGCUGUUCCAAAUGCCCUCGAUUUUAAUGGUCCAGCUGUUCCUAACUUCGCUGUUCCAAAUGCCCCCGAUUUUAAUGGUCCAGCUGUUCCUAACUUCGCUGUUCCAAAUGCCCCCGAUUUUAAUGGUCCAGCUGUUCCUAACUUCGCUGUUCCAAAUGCCCUCGAUUUUAAUGGUCCAGCUGUUCCUAACUUCGCUGUUCCAAAUGCCCCCGAUUUUAAUGGUCCAGCUGUUCCUAACUUCGCUGUUCCAAAUGCCCCCGAUUUUAAUGGUCCAGCUGUUCCUAACUUCGCUGUUCCAAAUGCCCCCGAUUUUAAUGGUCUAGCUAUUCCUAACUUCGCUGUUCCAAAUGCCCUCGAUUUCAAUGGUCCAGCUGUUCCUAACUUCGCUGUUCCAAAUGCCCCCGAUUUUAAUGGUCCAGCUGUUCCUAACUUCGCUGUUCCAAAUGCCCCCGAUUUUAAUGGUCCAGCUGUUCCUAACUUCGCUGUUCCAAAUGCCCUCGAUUUUAAUGGUCCAGCUGUUCCUAACUUCGCUGUUCCAAAUGCCCUCGAUUUUAAUGGUCCAGCUGUUCCUAACUUUGUCGGGGAAGAAAUCACGCCAUUGGAACAGCUGCCCCUUCUUGAGCUUGAGCUUCAAAAGACCCACAAUGCCCCAAGGUCACCUCUGGUUACCCCAUUCACCUUUAACUCUUUCGAUAGCAACGAGGGAGUUCCCAUUAACCCCUUCGUGAAUAACAACCAGAUGCCCCUAACUGCCAUUAACCCAUUUAUGAUCAACCUCCAUUCACGAGAUCCUUUCAUGAUCAAUAACCAAUCACCGGAUCCUUUCAUGACGAAUCACCAAUCAGCGAAUUCUUUCAUGGCCAAUAACCAAUCACCGAAUCAUUUCAUGACCACUAACCAAUCACCAGACCUUUUCAUGGCCAAUAACCAAUCACCAGAUCUUUUCAUGACUAACAACCAAUCACCGAAUCCUUUCAUAACCAACAACCAAUCACCCCAAAUCCUCGACACCUUCGCACCUCCAAUCAAACCAUUCGUAUUCCAAAAAAUGCAAGGUUCCUCACCCGUUUAUGGAGGACCCCAGAUCUUUAACAGCGUGCCGUUUCAACCCCAAGCUGCCAACGGAUACGAAACGGAUUAUAGUGAACCUCAGCUAACGAAUGGACCAGUUCACGGCAACGACAUUGUGAAUCCUCAUGCUUCUGAAGCUUCUGAAGCCCCGGGUCUCCAUCAUGCCGUGGCGGGUCGGGAGCUCGACGCCUCAAACCAGGAAAUAUUUAACGAGGAAAUAAUGAAAUUCCAAGACUACAACCCAGUUCCAGUUACACCGCCAUUUACACAAAUGGAAGUGGUACAAGGCCCUCACGAUCUCUUGGACUUUGAUGGUUCUUAUAAUGCACUUGAUCAGCCUGUCCCAUUCUUUUAUUAAUACGAAGGUUUACAAAGAGGGAGGGGCUGUGUGUUCGUAAAUACAUCUCUACACAGUAAGAGUGUUUGCUUUUCUCUCUCUGUGGUGUAAUCAAAUCAAAGAGAGAAAGAGAGAAAAAAAAUCGUGAAUGCAGUGAGACAUGAUUUGUAAUUACUGAGUUUUAGAGCGUUUGUUUUUCAUUGAUAAUCUAGUCUUAUCAUUUUUUUCUGUCAGAGAAUGGGUUUAUAUAAUGCAAUUACUAAAGCACAGUGUAUAAUCAAUUAAAGAUGUUAUGAAGCUUAGUUAUAUCUUAUAUUUCCUUUUCCUUAAUGAUUAUAUUCCAAGGAGGUAA